AUGCCAAUCGGCACACAGAUUGCGCCAGGGCACGCCAACUACGUGCUGAUGUACAACAUGCUGACCGGCAUCCGCGUAUCAGUGUCGCGCUGUGAGGCCAAGGAUCCGCGGCCGGUGCGCGACGAUGACUACGAGGCGACCCAUAAGUACUCAUUCGACGUCGUAGGUGACGAGAUGACGCCGUCGUCGCGGUACGACUUUAAGUUCAAGGACUACGCGCCGUGGGUCUUCCGCUGCAUCCGCGAGGCGUUCCACCUGUCGACCGAGGACUAUCUAGUGUCACUGACCGACAAGUACAUCCUUAGUGAGGUCGGGUCGUCGGGCAAGUCAGGGUCGUUCUUCUACUACUCGCAGGACUACCGCUUCAUCAUCAAGACCGUGCACCACACCGAGCACAAGUUCAUGCGCGACAUCUUGCCGCAGUACUACGAGUUUGUGCGCGACCACCCGCACACGCUGCUCUCGCGCAUCUACGGGCUGCACCGCAUCAAGCUUCCGCACGGCCGCAAGGUGCACUUCAUUGUCAUGAGCAACAUCAUGCCGCCCAACAGGGACAUCCACGCGCAGUUCGAUCUCAAGGGUUCGAUGCUGGGCCGCGAGCUCAGCGCUGAGCUGGCCGCUAAGCCGCGCGCCUGCAUGAAGGACAAGAACUGGGUCAAGAUGCGCCAGACGCUGCACCUGGGCCCGGCCAAGCGCCACGCCUUCACCAAGCAGCUGAUUGAGGAUGUGACGCUGCUGAUCCGUCUCAACAUUAUGGACUACAGCCUGCUCGUUGGCAUCCACGACCUGACCCAGGGAAAUGCCGCCAAGCUGCGCGACACCACACUGGCCAUGUUCGACCCGCAGACCACCGAUGUCACGCAGAUCAACCGCCUCACGCGCGCGUACACCAUCCGCAAGAAGGUCGUCCACACUGAUCCCGUGACGCUGGACGCGCUGCCGCUGGGCACCGCACCGCCGCUGCCCGAGGCCAUGUUCCAGGAGCUGAGCCACUCGGCCUUUUACCGCGAGGAUGGCGGUAUCAUGGCGACCGACCGCAACGACAACCCGGCGCAGCUGAUCUACUACCUGGGCGUCAUCGACAUCCUCACACCGUACAACAUGUUUAAGCGCACCGAGCACUUUGUCAAGGCCAUUGUCCACGACGGCUCGCAGAUCUCGGCCAUCAACCCACGCAAGUACGGCCUGCGCUUUCUGCGCUUCAUGAUCCAGUCGCUGGAUGGUUAUGAGGACGUCAUGCCCAUGCUGGAGGAGUUUGAGCGCACAACAUACGAUUCGAUAUGCCGCGAGCACCGCCUGUUCUAG